GAUAAGAGUAUAUCUAAUUUUCAUAACACAUUUACAAGGAAAUGAGUGGGGGUGCACAUCCUGUAUAGUAUCAUCAAAUUAUAGAACCAACAUCUCGACAGUUUCAGGAAGAUGUUGAAUUAUGUGGUUUUGGUUUUUGUGCUAUCAAAUUUUGUCUCGGGGUCCUCUGGGCUAUGGGAUCAGGACAAUAAUUGUCCUUUGAUAUGCACAUGCAGGUUGCAACAUUUAACCGAGAGUGCUAUUUAUCGGUUUAUGCAGAAAGAUAAGAAUGUACCCAUGCCAGGUGAAAUUGGAUCAGUCGAGAACAAUGAGGUCGUUUAUGAGGAAAACUUAGAUACUAUGGAAAUGCUUGAUGAACACCAAUCCACGAUAGUUCGUUCAGCGAUAUGCAUUUUACAAACAGAAACCGAACCGAUCCAAGUAUUAGAGAAUUUACCCAGCAAUAUCGAAACCCUAACUCUAAUCCAGGGGUACGAAUCUGGAAACAAGACAAUCAAAUUCAGUUACCUGAACAAAUUUCCUCAGCUCCUAAGUCUGGAACUUGUUGGACCUCACAUGGUGAAUAAGCCCGUUAAUAGUCAUUUGAUUUGCGAAAUCGACUUGCCACUGCCAAACUUAAAAUAUCUAAAUUUGGAGAGGAUCUUAAUAAGGAACAGUAAGCAACAGGAAGAAAACUUUUUAAAAGAGUUCAAGGAGGAAGAUCUGACAUUUGAAUACGUACAGAAAUUAGACAGGCAUUUCCAUCCUUUGACAAUGGUUCAAAAAGGGACUGUUGAUGAUAACGUUGUGCCUUAUAAGGUAUUUAAAGAGCAGAAAGAAACUGAUGGUGACGUUCCAUUAUUCAUAGGGUUUAAAAAAUUGUUUUUGCUGCGAAUAACAAAUUGUGAACUAAAUAACGUUCAUUGGGAAAUGUUUGACGGUUUACGAGACUUGCAAUAUUUAAUUCUCGAAAGAAAUAAUUUACGAUUCAUACCAGCUUUUGCAUUUUAUGGUACGCCAAACUUAAAAACAUUAUCGCUUGCUCACAACAAACUAUUAGAUAUACAAAUAACUGAUUUAGCAGGAUUAUUAGAAUUAGAAUAUUUAGAUCUUUCGUUUAAUAACUUCACUCAACUUUCAGAACUUUCUUUGCCCCCUUUCCCAAAACUGAAAUUAGCUAAUUUUGGUAAUAAUCCUAUUAGUAUAAUUUUCCCCAAUACUUUUGAAGUUAUGAACACUACAGAUUCUUUAAUAAUUGGUAGUGACGACAUCCCUUUAACUUUAAUAACAAAUUCGUUUAUUGGUUUAAAUAUGUUACAAAAAUUAACUUUAAACAACCUGGAAUUGGAAAUAUUAAAAAGGGAUUUAUUUAUGGGUAUGCCAAGCCUUACGGAAUUAAUAUUAUCUGGUAAUAUAACAAAAAUAGAGUACGAUGCAUUUUUGGAAGUUAACCAAAUUGGAAAAUUAAUUUUAAGCAAUUGCCAAAUUACUAACAUGUCGAUGGAUGCAUUUAUUGGGUUACAAAAAUUACAUUAUCUCGAUUUAUCUAAAAAUAAAUUGGAGUACUUACCACCUGGAAUUUUCGAUAAUUUAAUAAGCAUUAAAGAGCUUUACUUAAAUGGAAACAACUUGAAACAAGUAUCGCGUGACAUAUUUUCAAAAAUUCACCCAAAACUGCUCAGACUCAGCGAUAAUCCAUGGCACUGUUCGUGUGAUAUGAGUGAAUGGAAGCCAAUGAUUGUUAACAAAGUCAAGCAACGAAGUUUUAAACCAUGUGAAUAUACAGGCGACAAGGGUAUAGGAUGUACAGCUAAAAAUCGUUUUGAUUAUAAGUAUGUUUUUGACAAUAAAGUAGCACCUAGGUGUGCAGAGCCUCGACAGUUUGUCAACUGGAGUGUAUUCCAUGCAAUGAGACGGAUUUUAAGAUGCCCUGAUUACAAACCUAAAUUCCGAAAACAUACAACUCUGGGUCAUUCGAAUGAAGUCUCAACUCAAAUAUACACAACUGAAGCUCCCAAGUCAAUCAAAUUUGAAAAAUUGCAACUAAAACUAAAGAAAGGCAUAUUUAUUCCUCCCAAAGUUGAAUCAAAUAUCAAGCCAAUGUCAGAUGUGCACGAAAAUCAGAUUAAUAGUCUUAGUCCAAUGAAUAACCAUCAGCCAUUUGUGAGAAAUUUUGAGAAUGGGAAGAAGCCCCGCAAAAUUCGAAGGAGACUUAGGAAAGGUAGUAGAAGAUUAGUACAGAAAAAUGAGGAAAUAAGUAACUCUAUCAACACCAACAGCAUCUUUUAGUAACAUUUAAAAUUAAUUUAAACAAAAUUUUGUGGUUUUAUUUAAAUUUUAGAAAACGUCAGCUCAACGCUAUCAACGAUAGGUAUUUUUGAAAAAGAAUGUUUCAUUUUUGUAAAUGUAGACAAAACUUAAUUUUGUUAAUUUAUUUAUAAAAUUUAAAAACUGUGUUCUAUAUUAUGUUAGUUAUAUUUGUAUUACAAUAUUUUAUUGUCUUUAACUGCAUACUGUUCAGUUUUUUCUUUAUAAAUAUAUUAGGAAAUG